CAAUAAAAGCAAGUUUGUAUAAUGGUGGUGGGAAGUAGAUUCUAGGUUAUUUUGCUGAAGAAAAGAAAAAGCCCUAUAGGCCUAUGUAAAAUAUAGUGUGAGAUGGAACAAGCUACUGGGGAUGAAAAUAAUGAUGAAAAUUGUUGCAGAAAGUUUACUUGCUAUAUGUGUGGAAUGACAGAAACAUUUCACUACUUUGGAAAACGCCCUCCAUUUCUUAAGUCCAUUUUGUUUCUUGAAGAUGUUUACCUUGCUAAAGACCCCUUUUCUCCUGCUGGAGAAGGUAUUUUUCUGCUAUUGGGUGGACAUUGUAGCCUUUGUAAAAAUAUAGUUUGUCAAGCAGAGGAGUGCAGUAUUUACUUCAGCAAAAGAUUUUGUCUUUCUUGUGCUAAGGAUAACAGUCUUCAGUUUCCACCUGAAUUAAGAAAGGCCAUAAAAAUGUCAUCAACAUAACAAAUCAAGAAAACUAGAGGAUGGAGUGAAGUCAAAAUGGUAAUGUCUUCAACUCUAACCAUGAAUAAAUUUGCUAAAACAGAUGAAACUGGGUCUCUCAGGUCUAGGCUGUUGAUUUGGUCAUAAUGAAUAUUCUGAAACGGAAAAUUUGUAUUGGAAGUGGAAAAGUGAACAAAUGUUUUUAUGAUGGAAACAGCUAACAAAGUCCUGGGGUUGGAGUCCUUUUGAUAACAUUUUAGAGCUCAGUAAACUGCUUCUUUAACAGGAUUUCUAGAUAAAACACAUUCAGUGGAAUAAGAAGAUGGCUGUAGUAAACAUAUCCAGAAUUUGUGCAGGACACCCACUUGUCACAGUUUCACAUGAUUUGAUUAUUUUAUACAUGUUUCAUGUAAACUUCAUAAUUUUCUAUAUACUCAGUGACAGAAAAGAGUGCAGUAAUUCUUAAAAUAUUAUAAAAAGCACAAUAUUGAUGAACUUAACAUUCAAUAACUGCUGAAAAUACACUGUGUAUAAUAAUAUCUAUGGGGUUUUGUAUCAGUUUUGAAACUGCAUUCAGUAGCUGUUUUUAUUUUCAUUGAAUAGUUAAUGUACAUAGUUUCUAUAGUUAUUGCAAUAAAUAACUUAUUUCUGUAA